AAACUCUUUGAGCUCUAUCCUAAUUCCACCUGAAGAAUGCAUUCAACAAUGAAGACAUUUGGCAUAAUCCUGAUUGUUAUCUUCUCUGUGUCCUGUGGUCCUUCUGCUCCUCAGAUGAAAACAAGAGAUGUUGUAGAAAGAACACACAAAUGUUUCCUGGUCCGUGGUACAUGCAAGUCUGAAUGUAACAGUUGGGAGUAUGAAUAUGUUUACUGUAACGCUGGGCCUUGCUGUGUGAUGCGAAAAUAUGAAAGCGUGGCGAGAUUAUCGAGUACUCCCAAAUAUACAACGUAAAGUAUAAAUUUUAAACCUAGUACAUGAUUGAAACUAUACUACUUACUAAUAAAAAUGAAUUUUUUAGUUUG